AUGAUUGGUAGUUUGGAUUGUCGUCAAUGGCGUUGGUAUAAUUGUCCAACCGCAUGGCGAGGUCAAAAUACACGCGGUGACCAGAAAGGACCAACUUUGGUUUUACAAGUGGUUGCAUCAUACGGCCUUUGGGUUUGGUCGACUUUCAUUGGUGUAGCCGGGUGUAUGAACGACAUUAAUACCUUCGAGUGUUCACCAUUGUUAGAGAGCUACAUUUCUGGCACGAUACCGAAAGCCGGUUUUCAUGUAAACGGGAAUGACUACGAGCAUGAUACUAUAUGGGCGAUGGAUAGAAUUCGAAUGCUCAUGUAUGCUUGCAGCAUUAUGCAUAAUAUGAUCAUAGAGGAUGAUGGAAAAACGAUAUGCCAAAACUAUUUUUCGGAAGAUGUAGUUGAAGGAACCCAAGCAACAAUAGAAGAGAUAAUCUUAAAUGCUCAACUAUUGCGAUCUAAGGAUAUACAUAACGCGUUAAAGGCGGAUUUAGUCGAGCAUACUCGGGUGAUUUGCCCAAUUCGAUACGAUGGUGACGUCGAAGAAGACUACGAGGAAGAAGAAGUUGAAGAAUUCGAAGCUGAAAUCUUUGCAGACGGAGGUCGCACUUAUACGCCUAGUAUAGACCUAUAUGAAGCAGAUAGGUGGUUAGUUGCAUGA